AAGUUUUGUUACACGGCGAAGAAAUAUAAGAUUUUUUAAUAUUCUUUUUUAUAUGUGCAGUUUAAUAACUGUUUUAUUUUAUAUUUGCCUUAAAUGAAACGUACCCCAUAUUUAUAACGCAUUGUUCAUUGUGUUUUUAAGUGAACGUAGAGUGAUUUGAUUUGACAGGAAAAUUGUGUCGUGUCGUGAUUGUCGUUAUGUUGAAUUGAAAUUCAAUUUUAGGUCAAGCUUUACCAACCGCACAACAAAUACUAAUGUGAAUGGUGGUAAAUGGUAAAUGGUAAAAGAGUUGUCAGAGUCAGUUACUCGGCAAAAGUGACCACAAGAAUAGUUCUCAGAAUAAACAUUGUUUUACUAAGAAUUUGUUUUUUAUUAUUUGUUGUGUCGGGUGAAAGUUAUUCCUUUGUUUCCAUUUCAUUAAAGAAAUUUUGCGUGGGUAGUGGUGGUGAAAAGUGGGAUGUUUUAUAGUUUCCGUGGAUUGGCAUGACUCCAAUUUGUGUAGUUUGUUGUUCAAUUUUUGGUUUAGUUUGAUAAUUUUUUAAGAAAUUAGUUAGAGUUUUGUGUCAAUUAUAACAUUUUCGUAGCCUUAAUAUAUCUACACACGAUUUGUCAGGUUUGGAAUGAUUGGUGGAAAAAAAGUAAAUUCACACAUUGUGAUUAUAGUAAAAUCUCCGCUAUGAAGAAUCCUGUAUGAAAAAAAUUAGUUUCCGAAACGAUUAAAAGUCCGUGAUUUCGUUGCAGACCCUGAUUGAUUUAUACAAAUUGUGUAAACGGCGUUGAACGGUGCAAAAAUGGUGGAUCGAUUAGUAAAUAGUGAAGCAAACUCUAGGAGGAUAUUAGCUGUUGAGAGCUGUUUCGGCAGUUCGGGCCAGCCACUUUCCGUCCCAGGAAGAGUACUUGUGGGUGAAGGAAUACUUACCAAAAUGUGUAGGAAAAAGCCAAAGCCGAGACAAUUUUUCCUAUUUAACGACAUCUUAGUUUAUGGGAACAUUGUAAUUAAUAAAACAAAGUAUAAUAAACAACACAUUAUUCCUCUCGAGCAAGUAAAACUGCAAUCUUUGGAUGAUGACGGUUUACUAAAAAAUGGCUGGAUUUUACGCACUGCGACUAAAAGUUUUGCCGUCUAUGCUGCCACUCCCACUGAAAAAUCCGAAUGGAUGGCGCACAUUCAACGCUGCGUUAGUGACUUGCUAAAGAAAAGUGGGAAGAAGGCGAUUGAAACGCAUGCCGCAGUUUGGGUGCCAGACUCUGACGCUCCCACCUGCCAGAUUUGCAGGACCCAGUUCACCCUCCUUAAUAGAAGGCACCACUGUCGAAAGUGUGGAAACGUAGUUUGUGGUUCAUGUUCCAAGGGACGCCAUCUUCUCCCCUCUCAGUCCAAAAAGCCACUCCGCGUUUGCGACCCAUGUGCCGAAAUAUUGACCGGAAAGAGAGGCAGUGUCAACAAUCAGUGUCAAAACGACUCUUCCGGAGAGGACGAUUCUGACGAUGAGGAAGAAAACCCCUCAUGGAACUCGGCCCCACCACAAUUCUAUCAUGGAAAUCAUAAAAUCUAAACUGGACUAAUUUGUGAAUGUGCAUCCGCAUCGUAGCGUGACUAUUUACAUAUAUUUGUGUAUGUAUAAAAUAAUAUGCACAUAUUUCGUGCUAUUGUUUGUGUUGGACAAUAAUUCUGUAAAGUUACCUGCUGUACUUUUUUGUAUCAUCAACCUGUCAAACAAAUUGGGCUUCUUCAGAUCCUCUCUACAUAUUGUACGUGGAACCGUUUUGUAUUCAAUUACUUGGACAGAACUGAAAAAUAAAAUGUGAGUGAAAGUGCUUAAUAACAGAGUGAAAGUUAAGUAAAAGUAAAUAGGAAGUUUUGCUAAUCGUGUGUGUGACAAUAUUCUUAUCACAAUAAUUAAUUAUGCGUAUCUACAUAUUUCGUUGAAGAGUUCAAAGUUUAAAAGAAUUCACGUUUUCUAACAUUUGCAUACAUAUAAAUAUACAUAAAAUGACGUAAAAAAAGAAGAGACCAAACCUGACUUGCUAAUAAUUCGUGUUUAAACAAAACAAAAUUUACCUGCUCAAUAGUGCCUAAAAAAAUACGACAAAUGACAACUACAUACAUACAUGCGACCACCCACCAACACCACGUUUCAAAGAUGCCGAUAAUCUAAAUAUUUAAUAGUUCGUAUGUACAGAAUUAGCAUUAAGUAAAUAAGUAAUGUAUGCAUAAUAUAAAAAAUGGUCUGAAUUUUGAAAAGUCUUCUCUUGGAUAGUCGACAGUAACGGAAUGUCUUGAAAAGUCUGAUAGGUUUACAUACAUACACAAUUAUAUUAAAUAUAUGUAGCUUCUGAUUGUUAUUGCUAAAAAAUGUUACUAAUGCUAUAAAAUUAUUUCUUGCCCGGAUUGUUACUGCACAAACUUUUAGUCUAAUUUUGAAAUGAACCAACAAGUUUUGCUAUAACUUGGACCAAUAAUAAUUAAGAAUGGUCUCAAACUUAUGGACGUUUCGCAUAUUUCUGUUUGUUCAUCAAAUGAAAUAAACUACUAAAAUUUCGAAAA